UGUAUAACAAAAUAAACACCUUGCUUUAGGUUUGUUCGUGGGUACCCUUCUUGCUUAAUUGUGGAACAGAAAUCAUUUGCAGUGAAAGUGGGCACACUUUUGUAAAUUGUAUAAAGUACCAGUUUAUACAAUUUAAAGCUGUAAGUUUUGCAAGCAUCCCAUGUGGUACUAGGGUGAAUGUUCAGCCAUUUCUGUCAAAUCAUGUUAAUUUCAGACAAUAGUGAUUUGAUAUAAAAGUUAUGAAUUAAUUUUGUAUAGUUUAGCUUUGAGAAACUUAGAUGUUAAGUACAUGCCAUUAUUAAAUUUCCUAAUGAAGCUUAGUAAAUUGACAACUGUUGACCUUAAUCUUAGAUAAAGAUAAAGCAUUAACUAUUGAUCAAAUUAAUUAAAAAACUUGCAUGAAUUAUAGAACAACAUUGUCAAUCUAUUGUGCACUGUUAGACGAAGUAGCAGGUUCUUUUCAGGUAUUCAAUUAAACUUUUAUCUGUUUGUCACAAAAACCUGCAUCUGCCUAGCUUAGGUAAAACCUUCUUCAAAGCUAUUUUGGUUUCUAUUACACAAACUAAUGCGAACAAUUUUAAUGUUAAAUUGUUGAUUUGAAUUUUAUUAAGACAAGCUUUGUGGUUUUAUCAAGAGACAUGCAGAUGCUAGAAACUAUCCAGGAGUAUGUACCAUUCAAGCACAGUUUUGGGUACUUCAGUUCAUGGAUUGCUAGUAGGUAUAGGAUACCAGAUCAUACUUCUCAAGAAGAUGAACAAAAUAACGAAAAUGAUGAUAAAGGAAGUUUGUCAGAAGCCUGCAGUCAGAUUACAGCUCCAAGUAAAGAUGAAUCAACCAAAGACGAGUUGGAUGCGCAUCAAAAAGAAACAGGAACAACCGAAACGCUGAUGUGUGAAACAACAUUUAUAUCACCUGCACCAGAGCCACAGGAAAAACACGGCCAGCCGAACAGUCAUCAAGGAAUUUCUUCCUCGAGUAAUGGCGGUUAUCAAAAAGGCGCGAAUGACGAUGAUAGCUACACCUCAGGGACAGAAAAUGGCAAGCAAGGCUGUGUUGGUUCAAAAAUAGAAUCAUUUUUGUACAAUAAUAUCCCUUUAGACGAUUGCAGUUGUGCCAGCGAUUCUGAAAACGACAAUCUAAAGUCUGACAGUAGAACCAACGGGAAAGAAAAAAAACGUUUAGGAUCACACUCUUUAUCGAAAAAGAUGCCGUUAUUUUUGAAAGGGCGAAGAAAGAAAAAGCGCCGUGGAAGCACGUUGAGUGAUUACAAGUCAUCGCUGGCUAGAAUUCAUUGCGCAUGUGCCAUUGGUGGCGACGAAUUGUGUCUUGUUCACCUAAAAAGUCACAGCGAGUCGGAUAUAAACGUAUCGAGAUACAAGCGCAGCGAGGAUUACUCAACUAAUGGGGAUUUGUCUGAUAUCUCGGUGACGUCGUUUUCAUUAGCUGAAGAUGACAGCAGCAGCGGUAGUUAUGUGGACAUAGACUUGCGUUACAUCCGCAAAUCAUUACUUGGCUCUGGCAGUUGGAGCAAAUCAGAUCGUAGUAUAGAACUGUCAAGUGAUUGGUCGGAGAUACAUCGCACAAUCAGUGAUCCCAGCCUCUGCGAAGACACUAUAAGCUUGGCAGAAGAGUGCCGAGAAAGUGAUAUCCCAGACACUGCGUCGGACUUCAGUCAAGACAGCCGCACUCAGGUAUCUCGAGUUCGGUCGAAGCAUGUUCGCAGUCGAAUUAAAAGAAUGCCUUUUGGCCAUAACGUAAACGAAUCUUUUGUCGAAAAUGAAUGCUUUUGUUGUCAUUGUAUCGUCAUGUAGCUGUCUGUGUCCGUAAUAUCAAUUCCAAUCGCAAGUGUCAUUAUAUCAAUUCAUUUAUUAAUCUCAUUUAGCUCUUUUAUUUACCCAAAAACAAGUCAUUUCAUACAUUUACCCCACAUCAUUAUGUUACUUAUAUAUUUUAACGUAGAUUUUAGUAUUUAUUCAAUCAAAAAUCAAUUUCAGUGUACGACUUAAAUAAUUACAUCGUAGUGUGUUCUCGAAAGUUCUUCCUUGUUGAAAAAACCUAACGAUUUCACAAUGAAUAACCUUUUUCCCAAAUUAACGAAAAUGAGAAUAUCUAUACAUAUACAUCUAUUUGGUCCGCUAAAACGGUAAAAUCGUUCCUUGUGUGAUUUCUUUGCAGUAUUUGGAAAAUUUGUGUUUUAAUACCGUAUGUUAGUGAACGCAGUGAAAGCGGCCUUGGAUUUUGGAUCUUUCAUUGUCAAAAUUUCCAGGAAUUCAUUUCUACUUGUUCGGAUUGUUUUUUUCUCAAAAUCUCAAGCAUAUCGAUUUUAUCGGCUGCUUUAGAUUUUAUCGUAGUAGUGCUUAAAGUAGUGCUUUCUAGAUUUGUGAAAUUUUUCAGUCAAUAAUUGUCAUGAGGCAUUUUUCAAUAUUUCAAAGCCAUGGUAGAUUUUCUAAGUAUAUUUUUAUAUAUGGUUUUAAAUACUCCAAUUGUAACUUGAUUAUCCUCUAAGUUAAUAGAUUUAUAUCAGUUUGUAGCCUAAAUAAAGCAUAUUUUAUUACAAAAUACAAUAUAUUGCAAGAAGAAGUUCUCAUUCUCUUGUAGAGUUCAUCUUUGGAUUUGAUUUCGUUUACAUAAAGCAUUUUCCAUCAUUUGGUAAUUCUGGAAGCGAUCAUUUUGCAGGUGCUGUAACAGUUCUUGGCCUUUAACCUGAUUCAGCAUAUGCCCUCGUAGUACGAACUCCUUACGGAUUUAACAUAAAAUAGACUUGGGGAAAGUCUAGCAUCCGUCUAUUUUGCUUUUCAAUCCUACUUAAAGUAAAAUUAAAAAAAUUUUGCCUGGAACUCUUUAUUUACUGUCACAAACCUCUGUAAUACAUUGUAUCAAUUUAACUCUGUAAUUAGCAACUAUUCUUUAAUUUAACUCUGCAAUUAGGAACUGUAAUUAGCUACUUUUUAUACGAUAAUAGCGGACUUUCCUAAUAGUUUCGUCAAAUCUCUAUAUCGAAACGGGUAAAGGAUAUAGGCACUGGUUGCCGCCGAAGGAGUAGGAAAUUUUCGAAUUUUGAUGCUUUUAGUUCCCUGGAAAAUGCACUCUUUUAAGCACAUUUCACUGAAGCAAUCCUCCUAAUCCUAUUGAAAAUUAUUUUUUUGCAAACAAAUAGAACAGUAGAUAAAAAUAACUGGUACAAUUUUGCUGCGGUCUAAAAAAAUACCAUGUUGUAAAUUACUUCUAAAGCUAGGUAACAAGAAGCACCGGUUGUAUAUUUAGAUCCCUCUUUCCAUCUUAGCAAAAUCAUUUUAAAAAUAGCAUAGCAAUUGAAUCUAGUUUAAGUAAUUUCCACAAAUUAAUUCUAACUACAUUGAAAUCGUCUCUGCCUAAACACCACACUAAAAUUCAACAUUACC